GGGGAAAGACACCGGGCGCGCCCACUCUCACUCUACCAUGGCUUCUCCUCUCGUCUGGUUCAUAACAGGCACCUCCACGGGACUCGGCAAGACACUCGUCUCCACCGUCCUCGCACGCGGAGACUUGGUCAUCGCGACCGCGCGCACCCUGAGCGACAUCGACACGGUGUGGGCCGGCAACCCGAACGUCCGAACGCGUCAAUUGGACGUGACCUCCGGCCCGGCGGCGAUCAAAGCCGUUGUCGAUGAAGCGGCGGGAUUCUGGGGCCGGCUAGAUGUCGUGGUGAACAACGCCGGGGCCGGGUUGCCCGGGCUGCUCGAAGAGGGAGGGUACGUGCAUGUGCGCUGGGUCGAGCAGCGGAUCUGAACCGUGAACACUACACGACAGCACGGAGGUUCUCCGCAGACAAUUCGAGAUCAACCUGUUCGGCCCGUUCGACGUGCUCGUCGCUUGUCUGCCUCACUUGCGGAAACGGAAAUCGGGCACGGUGGUGAUCGUGGGCAGUCGCUC